UAUUUUAUUAUAUUUUAGUUAUUUUGUUAUUUUUGGUUGAUAUAUCUGGGGAUAUAUCUCUGGGGAUCAUCUGGGUGUCCUGGUCUCCGCUGACGAUCAGGGCUGUAGACAUCAUCUCUUGGUGCUGAUCCACCAUCUGAUCGGAUACGGACUGAGAAACAGACUAGGAAAGAAACAGACAAAUAUUAGCGUAGAUGCCAUUCAACUUACGAUGUAACGAGUACAUUGUGUGUUAUGGGGAGUGUUCCCGGUUCCGGUUGAUCUAAUUAAUGCAGCCUAACAAUCCUUUAACGGAUUUGAAUAAUAGAAGCGUAUUAAUGUGUUAUGUGUAAGCCAGGCUAAAGAGAUGGGUCUUUUUUGAGGUGUGACUCCAGGCCAUUAAAAGUAUUGGUCCCACUUUAUAUUAGGUGGCCUUAACUAAUAUGUACUUACAUUUUAAAUUAAUCAUUUGGUACAAUGCACUUAUUGUGUACAUACACUGUACUUAUAUUUUUAAAAAUACCUAUAUGUAAUUACAUCUGUAAUUCAUUUCUGUAAUUACAUUUAUAAUUACACUGUUGACCCAUCCCUUACACCUUAACCCACCCUUAAACCUACCCAUACCACCAAACCUGUCCCUAACCUCCCCGUAUCCCACCUCAAUAGCAGCAGAAGUGUUUUGCAAUACAAUAUGAACACAAUAAGUACAUUGUACUUAUUUUUUGAUGUAAGUACAUAGUAGUUAAGGCCACCUAAUAUAAAAUGUGACCAAUUAUUAGAAGAAUAAUGCGCUCCUGAAGUGGUAAUGUGGGCAUGAUUCUCUCUUGUGAUUUUGUUAAUUGUAUCCUUGCACCUGCAUCAUUUCUGAAACACUCAAGGCCCGGAUAUACUUCACUUUCCACGUUCCGUAUACUCAAAUGCGGAUGAGCGCGGAUGGAUGAGUUUGAUAAAUGUGCUGUACCACAGAGUAGACUCAUUCUGUCUCAACAUUCACCUCACGCCAUACUGUCCACACAGUCACGACAAUUGGGCUGCAAGCAGACAGUGUGCACAGACAUCCACGGACACUUCUGAUGACACAAAUUGUCUCACAGACCGUCACAAAAUACGGAUGGCUGAAGUAUACUUUGGGCUUCAGUGUUACAGCAGUUACUGCAGUUUUUAAGGCCGUCGUCCUUCUUCUCUGUAACUUGUGUUCUUUAAGUGUUUGUCUGGGACUGACAUCUAGUAGACAUUUAAAUAUCAGGGUUCCCCAUUCCUAGUCUAGGACAAUCACUUUCCUAAGUCAAGUACUUUGCAUUUACUUUAAUAACAGUCAGGUGUGUUGAAACUAAACUCAGCAGGAAUGAGGAACCUGCUUUACAGACUCACAGACGCCUGUUUUACACACGUCACUCAAACACAGAACCAGGAAACAGGAAUCACCUGAGUUCAGGGAAAGAGAAACUGAAGUGUAGUUGAGCUGUUGUGUGUUUGUGUCUCUGUAUUCAUGCAGUAAAAUGGCAGGAGCCAGAGUUUUUCAUGAUGAGUUCAUGUGUUCAGUGUGUCUGGAUCUCCUGAAGGAUCCUGUGACCAUCCAGUGUGGACACAGUUACUGUAAGAGCUGUAUUACAGGCUGCUGGGAUCAGGAGGAUCAGAUGAGAGUCUACAGCUGUCCUCAGUGCAGACAGACCUUCAGUCCAAGACCUGCUUUAGCUAGAAACACCAUGCUGGCUGAAGUGGUGGAGAAACUGAAGAAGACCAAACUCUCUGCUGACUGUGACGCUGGAGCUGGAGAUGUGCAGUGUGACGUCUGUACUGGAAGAAAAUACAAAGCCGUCAAGUCCUGUCUGGUGUGUCUGGAGUCUUACUGUCAAACUCAUUUUGAGCGGCACGAAGAGUUUCAUUCACGUAAACCACACAAAGUGACUGAUGCCACUGGACAACUGCAGGAGAUGAUCUGCCAGAAACAUGAGAAGCUCCUUGAGGUUUUCUGUCGCACUGACCAGAAAUGUAUAUGUAUGCUGUGUACGAUUAUUGAACAUAAAAACCAUGACACUGUAUCAGCUGCAGACCAGAGGACAGAGAAACAGAAGCAGCUGAAGGAGACGCAGAAGACGUUCCAGCAGAGAAUCCAGCAGAGAGAGAAAGAUCUCCAGCAGCUGAGAGAGUCUGUGGAGUCUCAUAAGCGCUCUGCACAGACAGCAGUGGAGGACAGUGAGAGGAUCUUUACUGAGCUCAUCCGCUCCAUUGAGAGAAGCCGCUCUGAGCUGAUACGGCUGAUCAGAGAUCAGGAAAAGCAAGCAGUGAGUCGAGCUGAAGGACGACUGGAGCGACUGGAGCAGGAGAUCAAUGAUCUGAGGAGGAGAGACGCUGAGCUGGAGCAGCUUUCACACACACAGGAUCACAUCCAGUUCCUGCAGAGUUUCCAGUCUCUCUCAGCUCCUCCUGAAUCUACAGACGUAAAUGAUGAUCUCUUCAGUUCUCUCGUCUCUUUUGAUGAUCUGAGAGAAUCUGUCCAUCAGCUGAGAGACAAACUGGAGGAUUUCUGCAAAGAGGAGCUCAAGAAGAUCUCAGACAGAGAAACAUUCACCAACAUUGUUCCCAGAACCAGGAACCACUUCCUACAAUAUUCUCAUCAGUUCACUCUGGAUCUGAACACAGUGAAUAAACGCCUCCGUCUGUCUGAGAGCAACAGAGUUAUUACUGUCACUGACACAGAUCAGUCGUAUCCUGAUCAUCCAGACAGAUUUGAUAAUUGGUAUCAGGUGUUGUGUAGAGAGAGUGUGUGUGGACGCUGUUACUGGGAGCUGGAGUGGAGUGGAGAUUAUGUGGGAAUAUCUGUGUCAUAUAAGAGCAUCAGCAGGAAGGGAUCGGGUGAUGAGUGUGUGUUUGGACGUAAUGAUCAGUCCUGGUGUUUGGACUGCACUCCCUCCAGUUACUCAUUCAGACACAAUAGCAUAAAGACUAAUCUCUCUGUGAAGUCCAUCAGCAGGAGAAUAGGAGUGUUUGUGGAUCACGGUGCAGGAACUCUGUCCUUCUACAGCGUCUCUGACACAAUGAGCCUCAUCCACACACUCCAGACCACAUUCACUCAGCCGCUCUGUCCUGGGUUUUGGUUUGCUUCAGGAUCAUCAGUGAAACUGUGUUGAUAAAUCAGACUAGACUGAUGAGAGAUUCUACCCAUAAUGCUUUGAGCUUCAUGAUGAAUCAGUAACAGUGAGAUGUUAUAGAGUCUCUUCUUUUCUCUUCAUGACUCUUUCUCUUCAGCUGAACUUCUGUCAGUGAAAUAACAUGAAUCAGAAUUAAUGUGUGUAAUAAAUCCUCAUAUAGACUGUAAGAUCAGUGUGUGUGAGUCCUGCUGAGUGACAAUGUGUUUCUGUGCUUUUCUCUGUUUGUGUUAAUUCAAAUCAAUAAUUUAGUUUUCAAUGUAGUGUCACAUCAAUCAUUUGUAUUAUUACUAUCAAAAAUACCUUUCAAUUCAAAUAAUCACACACAGUCAAUAAAUCAUUGUCAUUAUUCACCUUAUGGAGCUUCAGGCCUUUCCAGUAUUUGUGUUCUUAUGUCUUCUGGUGUCACAAGCUGCUGUUUUUAUUAUCAUUCAUUUAAUUGUUAACUGUUAAAGUUAUAUCAAAGUUACAAGUUACAUUGUUAAUAAUUUUAAAAAAAGGAAAAGGAAAAUAUAUUGUGUUCAAUUGUGUAAAUAACAUGACAUUUCAAGCUGUUAUAGCUCAUAUUUGUCACAGAUCAGUCAGGCCCUUCACUCCACCAAUCACAGCGUUCCACCUCUCCAGAGUUCUAAUCACGCACACCUGCACCUGAUCACAGCCUCAUCAUCACCCGCUACAAAAGAUCCUCUCACACUCACUUCACUGUCUGAUCUCGUUUCUCAAUGUGGACUCUGACAACACUGAAUCCUGCAAUCGAAGACCAUAUCCUUCCAAGAAAGUAUACUUACCUUGUUUGACCUACCUCCUGUAUUCUUCCUCCUUGUGUUGUCCUCUCUGUGUAGAGUUCCAAGUCUCGAAGUGUGUGUGUCAACCUGGAUCCCCUCGUCUCAUCUCGUCUUCCAACAUCCCUGGGAAAAGAGAAGCUAUCACCACCUUGUCACGACUACCCGAAUUACUCAACACAAGAUUAUCCACUCACCUCUCCAGUCUGCUCAAUGCACCUGUUUAAAAUAAAACCCACUUGUUAUUUACCUCUAACCUUUGUGUCCGAG